AUGUUUGCUUCAAUUAAUUCUGCCAAAGCUAUCAAAGAUUCCCUUACUUCUCAUGGAGUGAUCUCUAAAGUACUUCCAGAUUUCUCUAAUAAGGGUUCCACCAGUUUGGUAAUCGAAUACGCUUCUAAGCAUCCUGUCGCAUUGGGUAACACUUUAUCUAUCGACGGUACUCAGGAGAAACCGGAAAUUAAAGUCGCUGGUGGAAACGAUGCUCAGCUAGAUACAGACGCUCUGUAUUCCUUGUGUUUGACUGAUCCAGAUGCACCAUCUAAUUCCGAUAACAAAUGGUCUGAGUACUGUCAUUAUUUAGAGACUAACAUCAAGCUAAGUCUGGACCCAGAUACUCCAAUGUCGCUGGACUUAAAGGCAGGCGAUGUGCAAUUACCGUACGUCGGACCAGCUCCACCAAAGGGCACCGGUCCACACCGCUACGUUUGGAUUCUUGCUCAGCAAUCCCCAGAUAAAAAACCGGAAUCUGUCAGUGAUCGGCCCAAUUGGGGGUUCAAGAAACCUGGUACCGGUUUCCAGCAUUAUGCUGAAUUGUUCAACUUGACUCCAGUUGCGGUAAACUUUUUCUACGCUGAGAAUAAAUGA